GACCGCCGCCAGCCCUGUGAUUUCGCGAGACGUGUUCUCGAGGCUUCUGUUCUAUUGUGAACGCGCUGCGGCUGUCUGCGCGCGAGUGGAGGGGCAGAGUAUAUCAGCGGGUGCGUUGGCUUUCAUCCGUUUCGGGUGUGUAUCUCGCCACCGAUUCCUCAGGGGUAGUACAAGGAAGGGGGAUUUCAAGAGAAGAAAUACAGAAAAAUGACGACCAUCGACUACAGCGUGUGGGAUCACAUUGAAGUUUCAGACGACGAAGAUGAUACGCAUCCGAACAUCGAUACUCCCAGUCUUUUCCGAUGGCGACAUCAGGCUCGCAUGGAGCGUAUGGAGCAGUUCCAGAAGAAGGGGGAUGAGCUGGAGAAGGCGCAGGUGGAGUGCAAGCGCAAGCUGGCAGAGGUGCAGAAGAAGCUCCAGGAACUAGAGUGCUCAGCCAUCGAGGAGGCCAAGGCGGAGCUCAGCCAGGUGCGGGUGGAGGAGAAACAGCUGAAGAAGGAAGAGAAGGAGUGUGAUAAGAAGUUGGAGGAGUACCGGCGUGAGGAGAAGAAGAUGCCCUGGAACGUGGAUACACUGAGCAAGGAUGGCUUCAGCAAGAGCAUCAUGAACGUUAAACCUGAGGUGAAGGAAGAGACUGAGGAGGAGAAAGAGCAGAAGCACAAGACCUUUGUGGAGAAAUAUGAGAAACAGAUCAAGCACUUCGGGAUGUUGGGGCGCUGGGAUGACAGUCAGAAGUACCUGUCUGAUAACCCCCACUUGGUGUGUGAGGAGACGGCCAACUACCUGGUCAUCAUGUGCAUUGAUCUGGAGGUGGAGGAGAAACAUGCCCUGAUGGAGCAAGUGGCCCACCAGACAAUCGUCAUGCAGUUCAUCCUGGAGCUGGCCAAGAGCCUGAAGGUUGACCCACGGGGCUGCUUCCGCCAGUUUUUCACUAAGAUCAAGACAGCGGACCAGCAGUACCAAGAUGCCUUCAAUGACGAGCUAGAGUCAUUUAAGGAGCGUGUGCGUGGACGGGCCAAGAUCCGCAUCGAGAAGGCGAUGAAGGAGUAUGAGGAGGAGGAGCGGCAGAAGCGCCUGGGACCAGGGGGGCUGGACCCAGUCGAGGUGUACGAGUCCCUGCCUGAGGAGAUGCAGAAGUGCUUUGACGAGAAGAACAUUCAGAUGCUGCAGGAUGCCAUCAGCAAAAUGGACCCAGUGGAGGCUAAACGACACAUGAAGAGGUGCAUUGACUCGGGGCUUUGGGUGCCCAAUUCGAGGACAGAGGAAGGCGAGGACAAGGGGGACGAGGCGGAGUAUGAGGAGCUCAAGACAGAGGCCGGGAAGGAAGACUGAGCCGGCUCUGCUCCUGUACCCACGCGGCCGUUUCACUCAUGUUGCUCUUUUGUAUUUUAACAGUGCAGCACUAUUACUCCGAGCUGUACAGUGCACGGGUCUCGCCGUUUCAUGUCUGGAAUAAACACUCAAACUGCAGUGCUUAUGCCACACUCUUUGAAACCAUUAUUUUAGACUUUAGAAUAAAAUUAUCAUUUGUUCUAAUUAGUCUUUUGUGCACGAUUUUGUUACGCGGAACAGUUGUGACCAUCUUCAACGGGUUCUGCUGGUCUGGUUCCAGGUUUUGCUUUUUUAUCUUUUAUUUUUAACCAAAAUACUUAAGUGUAUGCUCCAUGCAGUCCUGUCAUUGUACCCUUUGGUAAAAUUGUAAUGUUGUUCUAAGCAGUGUUUCCCCUGAUUGUGCAUUCUUCUGUGACACCCAUUCCCCCCCCCCCCCCAUCCCCCAGCCUCCACUCUGUCAGCAUUGUCAUCAGCAGACAUCAUACCCCAGUGCUGUUUGUCUUAUUUCCGUUCAUAGCCAGACAUGACCUUUUGAUUAGUCGAGGGGAGGGGGAUUGGGUAAACGAUCGACGUUAAGAAUUGAACUUAAAAUGUCAACUUAAGUUGAGGUCAGCUUGAAAAUGUACUGUUUAAUGUGCAAUAAAUGUAAUGGAAAUCUCA